ACAUCUGCCAAUUGGGCGGAGUGGCCUUCUGUGGACCAAUCAGAUUCCUCCCCAGCACCAACUUCAAGAGGUAAGCCAGGGCUCCGCCCCAGACACACCGGAGGAGUUGGCCCUGACAGCAGCAGCAGCAGCGAGAGCAUCAGGAAGGACCAGAGGACAGAGCCAUGGAAGACCAGCGCGACCUCAUCUCCAACCAUGAGCAGCUGCCCAUGCUGGGCCAGCGCCCCGCAGCCCAGGACCGCAAAUGCAGCCGUGGAGCCCUGUACACAGGCUUUUCCAUCCUGGUGGCUCUGCUCCUGGCCGGCCAGGCCACUACCGCCUACUUCCUGUACCAGCAGCAGGGCCGGCUGGACAAGCUGACAGUCACUUCACAGAACCUGCAGCUGGAGAACCUGCGCAUGAAGAUGCCCAAGUCCUCCAAGCCAAUGACCCAGAUGCGGGUGGCCACCCCGAUGCUGAUGCGGGCACUGCCCAUGGAAGGCCUGCUCCAGGGGCCUAUGCAGAAUGCCACCAAGUAUGGCAACAUGACCCAGGACCACGUGAUGCACACGCUUCUGCAGUCUGAUCCUCUGAAGGUGUACCCGCAGCUGACAGGGAGCUUCCUCGAGAACCUGAAACACCUGAAGAACACCAUGCAGAGCCUGGACUGGAAGGUCUUUGAGAGCUGGAUGCACCACUGGCUCCUGUUUGAAAUGAGCAGAAACUCCCCGGAGAAGCCCACCGAGGCGCCGCCCAAAGUAUUAUCCAAGUGCCAGGAAGAGGUCAGCCACAUCCCUGCUGUCCACCCAGGCACGUUCCGCCCUCAGUGCGAUGAGAAUGGCAACUAUAUGCCGCUCCAGUGCCACGGGAGCACCGGCUACUGCUGGUGCGUCUUCCCCAACGGCACCGAGGUCCCGCACACCAGGAGCCGUGGGCACCAUAACUGCAGUGAUCCUCUGGAAGCCGAGGACCUCUCUUCUGGGCUGGGUGUGACCAAGCAGGAGUUGGGCCCAGUGCUCAUGUAAGAACAGCAGGAGCCGUCUCCAGCAUCUAGCCAGCUCUGCUCAGCCACAGCUUUCUUGCUCCCCGCUCCCCCAAACCCACCUCUCCGUCUAUAACUGUACACCUCACCCCACGAGACUGUGCUGCCCACUUUUCCAUCUUCCUUGGACGAGGCCAAAUCAAACCAGCACAAACGACAAUGUGAGAGGGCCCUGCUGCCUACCCCACCUUAAAGCCCUAGGAAGUGGACCAAAACUAGGCAGACCACCCUUUCUUUUUUGGUACCGGGGAUCGAAUUCCGGCCCUUGCACUUGCGAGGCAGGCAGCAGCACGACUGACCACCGUUUCUGACAUCACAGCAGUCUCCAACACGGGCCUCUGAGAUCUAGACUCAUGGAGAGGGAGAAGGGACACGCCGUCCCUAAACCCGACUGGACACAUCUGCUGCCC